GGGAACACAGCCACGCUCUUGUUCACGUAGACAGGUUUCCCGGGCUAGAGUCGCGCCUUUAGAUGAUGUAAUUCCGGCUGCUAUUGGUGGUGAAGCCAUGGCGAAUGCGUCUGGAAAUAUGAGCGCAGUGAGAGAGACCAUGGAUGUGCUACUUGAAAUAUCAAGAUUGUUGAACACUGGUCUGGAUAUGGAAACCUUGUCUAUCUGUGUGAGACUCUGUGAACAAGGAAUCAAUCCUGAGGCCUUGUCUUCAGUUAUUAAAGAGCUGCGCAGGGCAUCAGAUACGCUGAAGGCUUCUGAAAGCACAGCAAGCUAGUGGAAUCAUGAAAUGUGUUUUUCUACAACGGAUCUCUACAAGAGGAAUGUUGCAGAGUCACAAGCUUUAUUUGUUUGCUGUAUAUUGUAAAUAUGUUUGUCUAAGUUAUUUCAUUACUUUAAUAUUGUUUCUCAUUGUCACAUUUAUUACACAAAGGAUAAUAAGUUUGCUUAUUCCAUACUUUUUGUAAUUAUUUUCCCCAAUUUGCUAUUUUUUAACAAAAAAUAGUGUAAUACAUUUUAGCACACGCUAACUGUAAAAUAAAUACCUAUAGUAAUUGGGAUACCAAAGAUUUUUGAAUUUGAUUGAUCCAAAAACUCUAAUCUAUUUCGAUUUGAAUUAGAGAAACUCGAAUCGAAUUUAAAAAAAACUAGAUUCGAGUUUUUUUCUCUGAAAAAAACUUGAAUGUCGGGAAGGCUGCAAACAUCACCAAAAUGAUCCCUGGACCUCUCAUUGACUUAUAAAGCAAUUUAGCAGGUUUAAGGGGGCGAAUAGUCAAAUUUGAGUUCUUUAAGGGCCAGAGUAUGAUAAAUCUCAAAAUUCGAAUUAAAACUUGAAUCGAGUUUGGAAUACUCACAAUUCGAAUUUGAGAGUUUUGACCAAAAAAUGUAUUUAGAAAAUUCGAAUUUUCCCUUCAACCCUUAAUAAAUCUGCCCAUUAGACUAGAGGACAGGUUUUUUCACUAUUAGGACAUUGCAUGGAAUAUGUAAGCAGUCGUUGGGGUGAAUCAGUUGGACAGUUAUGUUUUUUUUCUAAAUUGAGCUGUAAAAAACACUCCUUUAAGUUAGAACAUAUCUACUCCUAUCCAAGCUUCCAUUAUAAAUUGUCAUUCAUGUCCUGCAAUUCUGACCAUUUAUAUCCAGCUCUGGAAUUGUUACUUUGUGACAUAAGCACUCAAAGUGCCACUUGUGUCCCUGGACAUGUAUAGCAAUAUAAAUUCUCCUUGAUAUAAUCAAUAUAAUAUUUAAGUAAUAUGUUCCAUGGAACAGAAUGCUAACAAUGUUAUGAAUGUAGAUCUUAAUGGGACAACAUCACUACAAGUAUGGUCCCUCCUGGCCUAUGGCAAUGUCCAGUGCUUGCCAGUUGCAAGCAAUGAGUAGAGGGAGCUCAACAUGGUUUUUCUUCAAUAUGCUAGUGCUUGAGAAUGAAAAAUAAUUCUGCAGGUCUUUACGUUUCACAUGGCUUUUUUGAAGCUUGGUUAAUUUAAAAUUAUGAUGUCAUGCAGUAAAGUCAAUGGAGUCUUACUUAGACGAGGACCAUAAAAAUCCUUUGCAGUGCCACAUCUGACCUGCACUCCUCCAGUUGGACAGCCCUGCUGUAUAUGGAAAUAAAAAAUGCUUGAGUUCA